GCUGUUCGUACCCGCUUGCACAAAAGGAACGCCGACAAUCAUGGUGAGCAAGAGCCCUAUUUAAAGACGAAGGAUAGUACCUCACUGCGAGCUUUUUUCCUUGCAUCAUCAACACCUUCUUCUUCGGUUUGCUUCUACAGUCUGGUCUACUGUCUCUCUUCACAUCGCUCCGUGAGCUUGAUAUCCAUUUUGCAACUCAGCCUCCCGUUUUUCAUCGACGAUAUAUUCUUAAUCCUCUUCUUUAUUUGCAACUUUCUACCUCUCUCGAACCAUCGAAAAACACACACAAAAUGCGUUUCUCUUCUAUCCUCAUUUCCUCCAUCCCCUUUGUCCUCGUUUCAGCCCACGGUAAAGUUGCUGCCGUUGCUGGAGACGCAGGCGGCAACGGAACUGCCCUAGGCAUCAUGGGCGGUAUUGUUCCUGGCCCAGGCAAGAACAAAGUGACUGAGGUGGACACGACUGUUUUCGGCAAAACCAACAUUGCCACGGAUGGAUUGGGUAAAACCAAUGCAGGUGGACAGAACAAGGUCGCUGAUAUUGCGGGAACCAUGGCCCAGUCUGGAUCCACGCUGCCGCAGGUCAGCAGCAACGGAGGUAGCAUCUCUGGUACUUUCCACAUUGUUACCACGGACGGCGCGGGCCCUGUUUCGGCCAUGAUUGACUCAUCAGCUACCGGCGCGUUUGCCAACGGCGUAAAGGCCAAUGUUGUUACUGAUGUCCCUGGUAACAAGGGAAACAUCAAACCUAACGGUUCCGUCCCUCGCGGUCUUUCCUACCUGGCUCUCCGUGCUCGUAGCAUCGUGGCGCGUGCAGCCAACGUCAAUCAGGAUUACCCAGUGAAGAUUGAAGUCCCAGCCGGAACGACCUGCACCGGCACCGCAGGUGGACAGUCCAAUGUCUGCUUCAUGAAGAUUGCCAACUCAAACAAGGCUGGUCCUUUCGGGGGAGUUAUCGCUUUCCAGAUGGCUGAUGCUGGAGCAGCUGCCGGUGCAACUACCGCUGGUGCUGCUACCGCUGCCAAGAAAGCUACAGGAGCCACCAAGGGUACCGCUAAGAGGUUCGCCGCAUAGGCGCUUCUCUAAAUGUCCUAUACCCUGAAUGUCGCUGUCUGGCUUUGUCUGAACCAUACCCGACUUC